AUGGCUUCUGAUGACCUUCUGGAUGUGGAAGCUGCUGGGAUGAACUGUAUGAUUGGCAUUGGGUAUGAGCAGGUGUGGCUGGGUUCAGAAGACUCAUCCAUUUACAUCAUUGACGCGCUCACCAUGACCUGCAACAAGAGGUUGGUGGGUCAUCGCAACCAAGUGUCCGACAUGAUCCAGGAGGAGACAGAGGAGAAUGGGGACACUAUCAGUCAGAUUUACUCCUGUAGCCUGGACGGCUCCAUUCUGCUGUGGGACCCAGGACUGAUGGAGAUAAAGAGCCAGUUCCAGUUACCUCAGUGUUGGAGGCUCACAUCCAUUUUGCUGCAUCACGACCACAUCUGGUGCUGUGUUGAAUACAGUCUGUUGGUCCUUGCUCGAGAUGGGACACAGAUCCAGGAGGUGACCUUGACACCAAGUCCUGAGGGUAGCUCCAACCUCAUGACUGACUUCCUCAUCAUCCCUCAGAGAGAUGAACUUUGGGUUGUGUGCAGCCAGCGAGCGAACCUGUACAUCUGGAAAACAGAUGAUCUCAAGGAUCCAAUUGAAACUAUCCCACUGCCAGGCUGCUCAAACAUUACCUGCAUGAUUCACGUCAAAAAUCAGGUCUGGGUUGGAGGAGGAGGAACCACCAACAAUGGAAAGGGAUGCAUUUAUAUCAUCAACUCAGAGUGCUACUCACUGGAGAAGGAACUGGAAGCUCCUUGUGGUGGUAUUGGAGCUCUCUGCUCAGCUGAAGAUCGGUAUGUGUUGAGUGGGACACAGGACAGCAAAGCCAUCAUCUGGAAAGUGGACUGAGGCAUUGGGUACAGAGCCACCAUUGCCCUGUCUCGUUGUGUUGGAUGCUAUUUUUCUGUCAGACUGCUUUGGGCCAGUGUUGGAGGUGGCAGGGUUUCGAUGCCCUUUCCCUCUGUCCCUCUCUUGCCAGGGGCUGGAGUGGUCAUUGGUGGAGCAAUAGUGACUAAGGAACGAUCCUCCCUCACCAGCCCUGUCUCAGGAGGGUCUCAGAUGUGCAAUUUUCCCUCUCCACCCUUCCAUCAGAAAAUUCAGACCAUACCGGAAUCAAAGGAGCUGUUUGCCAACUGGCCCCAACCCCAAAGAUGCCAAUGGCCAAAGAUGACCCAUGGCCAGAAACAAGCAACAGCACGAUUAUUGCGAGAAGGUGUGCAAUGGGAAUAAGAAGACAUCUAACAUUCCUUUGUUUUAAAUCUUAUUUAAACUAUGACUUAGCUGCAUAA